AUGACAUCCGAAGCCGUGGGCUCGAAUUUAGCCGGAGACGCAGUCUCGGCCCCCGGGGACGACACUGGUGGAGCAUCGUGGGAAGUGGAUUCGGACAUCUUGGAAAUAGGAAAGAAAGAAGGUCCGAGAGAGGAAUUUAAGAAAAAUGAAGGAACUGGUGGUUCGAGGAGGAGUGAAUUGGCUAAGCUGUACAAGAGAGUAGUAGCCACAGACACAAGUCCUAAGCAGCUGCAAUAUGCAACGAGGGUACCUAAUGUUCGAUACGUUUGUACCUCUCCCAAGAUGUCAAUGGCUGAAGUAGAAAAUAAAAUAGGAGCAGAGUCAAGUGUAGACCUGGUAACAAUUGCUGCAGCUCUUCAUUGGUUUGAUCUCCCGACUUUCUACCAACAAGUGAAAUGGGUGCUCAAGAAACCAAAUGGAGUAAUCGCGGCCUGGUCCUACACUGUGCCACAAGUAAAUAGCUCAGUUGAUGCAGUUUUUGAUCAAUUUUACUACAAUGAUGCUGGGCCUUAUUGGGAAUCUCCAAGAAAGUUGGUCGAUGAAAAGUACAAAACUAUUGAUUUUCCAUUUGAGCCUGUGGAUGGUUGUGGUCACAGUGGACCGUUCCAGUUCAAGAUUGAGAAAGCCAUGGACUUGGAUACUUAUUUCACAUACCUGAAGUCAUUGUCAGCUUGUCAAACUGCAAAACAAAAGGGUGUUGAGCUCUUGACAGGUCAUGUUGUUGACAAAUUCAAUUGUGCUUGGGAUGAAAUUAGCCAGAAAACUGUAAUUUUCCCACUUUACUUGAGGAUUGGCAAAGUAAGGAACUUGGAUUCUCUUCCAGGAGCUUAG